UUCAGUCGGAUGACACAUACUAAGUGAAGAAACAACUGAAUUCGGGAUCUGGGUCCGUCCAACGUUCAUUAAUCUAUCUGUAUUCAAAAGACUAAGAAAUGGCGGAUAUAUUGUCCGUACCACUGAAAAAGACGUCAGAGAUCGACUUAGUAAAGCCAUUAAAAAAUCUGAUUGCUUUGCGAUUUUCAACAGCUGAUAAUCCAGAGAAUUUCAACGAUGCCAUAUCCGAGCUCAACAAACUGAGGAGCCUCGCCUGUCUUCGUGCAUUGGACAAGAAUGAGUCGUCGAUUGAAAUCAAUGCAAGGUACUGUGACCAACUUGCAGCUCUGGAAGGAAAAAUUCCACCCCAAGAUGUGCAGAUUCCUUUUAAAUGGAAAGAUGCAUUUGAUAAAGGUUCAUUGUUCAGUGGGAAGAUGAGUCUGACUAUCACUUCAUUUUCUUAUGAACGGAUGUGUUGCCUAUUCAAUCUUGCUGCCUUCCAGUCUCAAGUUGCAGCUGUCCAGAGUCAAGAAAGUGACGAGGGACUCAAGCUGGCUGCAAAGUUGCUGCAAUCGGCUAGUGGGAUUUUUUCUUAUCUUAAAGCGAAUGUUAUGGGAGCACUUCAACAAGAGCCAACUCCAGAUUUGAAUCCAGAGGUACUUGGUACCCUUUCCUCCCUGAUGUUGGCAGAAGCACAAGAGAUAUUUGUCAUCAAGGCAAUUAAUGAUAAGAUGAAAGAGGCCAUUAUUGCUAAGUUAGCUUCGCAGUGCGAAGAGUUCUAUGCCGAAACGUUGAAACAGAUGAAACAACCGGCAACCACUUCGGUCUGGGAAAGAGAUUGGAACUCUAAAGUAACAGGAAAACAAUUGGCUUACCAUGCUAUUGCCCAAUAUUAUCAGAGCCGUGUUUGCAACUCGAGAAAAGCUGUAGGAGAGGAAAUAGCUCGUCUGCAGGACGCUAUUGAAAAUUUCAAAUCAGCUCAACAGCGUUUCAGUGAUGUAACUACGUAUCAAGACUAUUUUAAUAAAGCUCAGAAAGCACUGGCCGAAGCGCAGAAAGACAAUGAUUUUAUAUAUCACGAACGUGUUCCUGAUGUGAAAAAUCUUGAUCCGGUCGGAAAAGCCCCUCUGGCUAAAACCCCUGCUAUGCCGGAACGUCUUGGUGCCAGUUUUAAAGAUUUGUUCGAAGGUUUGACUCCAGUUGUGGUCCACCAAGCUAUGGCCGCAUGGGAUGUCCGGAAAAUGGAAAUUGUCAACGUUGAAGUAGGACGCAUGCGAGAAGCAAAUCAGAUGCUCAAUGGAGUGUUGGCCUCUCUCAACUUGCCAGCUGCUUUGGAAGAGUCUGCUGGUGAAUCGCUUCCCCAGUCUCUCAAGGACAAAGCCCGAGCUGUUCGACAGUCUGGCGGAAUCGAUAUUCUUAAAGAGUUGAUUGGCAACCUUCCUUCGUUAUUGGAGCGUAACAAGGAGAUACUUGACGAAGCUGAACGGCUAAUAACGGAAGAAAGGCAGUCAGAUGAUCAACUCAAAUCCCAAUUCAAGGAACGUUGGAGCAGAACUCCAUCCGUCAAGUUAACCGAGGCGUUUACGUCUAAUAUCGCCAAAUACAGGCAAAUCUUGGCAAACGCUUCCAAUGCCGACAAUGUCGUCAAGGGCAAGUUCGAAAGCCACAGACGAGGCAUUGAAUUAUUGAGUCGACCAGAGGGUGAACUUGAGACAGCUGUUCCAUCUGCUUCUCAAUCAGCCGCAGACAAUAGCCGCUCACCGGCUGCUGCUCAACUUAGACUUUUGAUGAGUCAAGUGAACGAUUUAAAAAGUGAACGAGAAGUAUUGGAGCACGAGUUAAAAAGCGCCAUGGUCGACAUGAAGCAACUUUUCCUCGGUGCUCUUACUCAGGAUGGGGCUGUUAACGAGCCAGCUAUGUCAGUGGAGAAGCUUGGUCAGGUCUACGGUCCGUUGCAAAAACGUAUCCGCGAGAGCAUUGAUUUUCAAGCCAGUCUUAUUCAGCAAAUACAGACGCUGAAUGAGGACUUCGUGAAGGACAAGUUAGGAGGAAAAGGUCCAUCUGCUCGCGAAGAGCUUCUUAAAGAAUUAGCUACUGCACAUGAUAUUCACAUGGAAGUACAGAACAACCUGCAGGAAGGCGCGAAGUUUUACAACGACUUGACUCAGUUACUACUUAGCUUCCAGUGUAAAAUUUCGGACUUCUGUUUUGCACGCAAAGCAGAAAAGGAAGAAUUGCUUAAGGAUCUUACAUCGUCUUAUGCCAACAACAGCAGUUCUAGCGCCCCUCCAACGGAAGUUCCUGGUUAUCACACAACUCAAGCAGCACGUGAAGUUCCAGCUCGGCCUCCACCACCUAACUUCAGUAGCGCCACCGCUUCUGCUUCUGUACCACCAACCAGUAGCGCCCCGGGUGCUCCUCCGGCCACAUCCGCUUCUCCAGUCAACCCAAAUAUGGCACCAGGGCAAAGUGGAGCUAAUCCUUAUCUUCCCUACCCAAUGCAACCUUAUGGUGGAAUGCCAAUGCCCAUGCAUAUGCCCAUGCAGUAUGGGUACCCUUCUGGCGCCCCUCCAACCUACGACUACGCUAAUCAGGCACAAUAUCCACCGCAGCAACAACCGCAGCAACAAGGAGCACCUGGCUAUCCUGGAUAUUAUCCAUACUAUAACCCUGCCUACCCGUAUGCUCCACCUAGACCCUAUUGAUGGUGUGAAAUAUUCAGUCGACAUUUUUCUCCUACCUAAUCUGAUUCAACCCGUAGAUUUUCAACUUUACUGUAGUGCCUUUUUUCGGUCUUGAAAAUGCGCUGUCUUACUUCUUUCGUUUUAAAUUCGUUUUUCUUUUCCCUGUUCGUCUACGAUAACCGAUGAUCAAAUGGUUGUGUCCAAUUGUCCAUUGGCUCUAAAGAAAAUUAAAACAUACGAUUUAAUCAAGUUCA